CCGGCGACUCGAGUCUUCAAACAACUUGAGGAGAUCGACCAAAGGACAAAGACCGAGUUAAAGUGCUACAGAAGACUUCUUACCUACAAGAAAGGCUCACAUAGACGACUUUGCAGGAGUGCAACAAGUAUUUCUACCUGUACCUGGUUUUCUGGCCAGCCAUUCUACAAACAGUCAAAAGGAAACUCCUGACAUAGGAAGACAACAGGACAGAUGGAACUGAUGAGGGUUCUACAGGUGGUUGCCAUGGUGAUGGCGGCCUGCCUGACGUGUCAAGCGCAGAACGACCCGCGCACGCGCAAUGACAACAUGGGCGCUUUCGAACGGAUCCUCGCCGUGUUUCAGGGAGCCACAGACGGCAGCCCUCGCCACGGCCCAGAAGACCCGACGUUCGAAGGAGACAUCAAACUGACGACUGCCCAGCGCCGGGCCAUCCGGGCUCAGAUCACGAACAGGGAGCAGGGGAACGAAGUGGCGUCCGCCGCCUCGGCACUGGAGACGCACCGCUGGCCCAAGGGGAUCAUCCCCUACACCAUCGACUGCAGUCUCCAGGCCCUGCCUGACGCGCUGGUCGCGAUCCGGGCCGCCAUCAGGGAGUGGGAGGCCAAGACCUGCCUGCGCUUCGUCGAGAGGACCUCGGAGACAGACUACGUCGAGUUCUACAGAGGGAGAUAUUGCCAGGCACAGCUAGGCCGUAUCGGCGGUAAACAGUAUGUAUCGGUAGGGUACGGCUGUGAGUACACACACGUGAACGUGCACGAGAUCGGACACGCUGUCGGCUUCUGGCACGAGCAGUCCCGCCCGGACAGGGACGACUGGAUCGAGGUGCUGUGGGCUAACGUCGAUCCAGCCUUGAGGGAACAGUUUGAAAAGUACAGCAAGGAAGAUGUGGACGAUCUGGGUGAGGAGUACGACUACGGCUCCAUCAUGCACUAUCCCUUCAACGCCUUCUCCUCCAACGGACGUAACACCAUCCGCGCGCUCCGGCCUGUGGAGAACCAGCCGUACAUCGAGCUCAGCGAGUCGGACGCCAGACAGGUCCAGCUCAUGUACAACGAAUGUAAAGACCGUGAUGAUGACGAUCUGCCAGACCCCGAGAACAGAGCCUGUGACGACAUGCACACACAGUGUCCGACCUGGGCAGAAGCAGGGGAGUGCGAGAACAACAAGAACUGGAUGUUGUACAACUGUAAGACCAGCUGCAAGACAUGCGACGGCCCAUGCCUGGAUACCCACGUGCAGUGCCCACAGUGGGCGCUAGAGGGCGAGUGUGAGGAGAACGCGGAGUGGAUGCUGCUGAACUGCAGGCUCAGCUGUGAGAGCUGCAACUACGACAACGUGCUCGCCGAAUUAUCUGCCCUGACCAUGCCGGUAGAGGCUAUGCCGCCGCCCGGGGACGGAGAGAUGUCCGAGGACGAGCUGGGCGGACUGCGGACAGGACCUGUCGGCAGGAGCAACGGCAGGAAUUCGAAGUAUCUCCGGUCCUACCGUGUGAUCAACAACGCCUGCAUCCGGGGUCACAACCAGCUGGGCACCUUCCGCGACACCACCCUCAGGAAGUGCGUCAAGCGCUGUGACGAAGACGUCAGAUGUAAGUCGUUUGACCACGUGCCCAGCGAGCGGCACUGUUCCCUUUCCCUGGACACACGUGGCACCCAGCCUGAAGCCUUCAAGGCCUGCGACCCGGCCUGGAAGAGGAUCACCACUUACUACGAGAAGAAGCCCACAGAGCCUGAACAGGAGUCGUCAGAAGAAGAAGAGGAAGAAGAAGAUGGACGGCCUGCGUCUGUUAUGGACGGAUUCUACGUCAUCAAGAACACCUGCCUGAAAGGCCGGUCCCAACUGGCCAUGGGGAACUAUUAUGACGUCACUGUGGAGCAGUGCGCUGAGAAAUGUGCUGAAGCCUCGAGAUGCCGUUCCUUUAACUACGUGUCGUCCUACCGCUCCUGUCACCUGUCCAUGGACACCCGCGCCACGGCCGUGGACGAGUGUCUGGAGGAGUACAGCGUCAUCUCUGACUUCUACGAGAAGAAACCUGAAGUUGAGUUCCUGUUGAUCAGGGAAGCUUGUAUCCUGGGUAAGAACCAGCUGGGCUCGUUCUAUGGCCAGACCGUGGAGGAAUGUAAGCUGCGCUGUGGGCAGAACGAGAGGUGUCUCUCCUUUGACUACGUGAGCUCGUACCGUUCCUGCCACCUGUCCACCGACAACAGGCAGUCGGCCCGGGCGGCGUUCGACAGCUGCCCGGCGUGGUUCAGGCCACAGUCUAAUUACUACGAGCGGGUCGUGGACGGAACCGACCCAGUCGUCACUGACGCUCCCAUCCCGCCAACUACCACUACAACGCCUCAAACAACAACAACAACCACCACAGAAGCAACUACAACAACCCAACGCAUGACCGAAGCCCCCACUACUGGUCCACCCGGCACCAAGCCCCCAACGAGGCCCACCAUCGUACCAGGUUCCUGUUCCACCCCGCUUGGUCUGGGGAAGGAGAGCGGCUACUCCCUGCCUGACGCGCAGCUGAGCGCCUCCUCCAGCCUGGACUACGGCACCUGGUCCGUCGGCCCCGAGAACGCCAGACUCAACUUCGAGGACGACUAUCAGAGGCAACGCGUGGGGGCGUGGUGCGCGGCCAGCUCGGACGCCGGAGAGUACCUGCAGAUCGACCUGGGCCGUACCAAACAGAUCACGGGGGUGGCCACGCAGGGGAGGGACAAGUACUUCGAACACGUCAAGUCGUACACGCUGACCUACAGUCUGGACGGGAGGACGUGGCGAGAGUACAAGGACGGUGGAAGGGCAAAGGUGUUUGAAGGGAACUGUGAUCACGUGACACCGGUGACCAAUCAGCUGCCCUCACCCAUCACGGCCCGGUACAUGCGCAUUGUGGUGGUGGACAGCAACUACCCGUGCAUGCGCGCUGAGCUGUACGGCUGUGACACAGAUGGAGAGACGCCGUCAGAUGGUGACAACCCUGGGGACGGGGACAACCCUGGCGACGACAACAACCCUGGGGACGAGAACCCUGGGGAGGGGGGCGAUGACUACUAUGAUUACUAUGACGAUUCCAAUCCCAUCAUUCCUUGAGUUUUAACGAUAUGAAUCCCACUUCAUAGCCAAAUUUAUCAACAUAUAGUAAAAAAAAUCUUUGCUACCUGAGCAAUAGCGGUACUCAAAUAAGUAGAAUCUAGUUCACCCUAAUGUCUGAAUGAAACAGGCCCAUUCCAACUCAGUGAUAACCAAAGGUCAAUAUUAAAAUUACUGUGCAUCAUGAAGAAAACGGAAAACGACGUUAACCGAAAUCGUAUAUUUAUACUCAAAUUCAUGACCAAAUAUUUAAAAAUGUGAAUAAUUCUCGAUGGGAACCAUUUGUGAGUCAUACUACCACAAAUGUAGCAAUGUUUCUAGUGAUGUAUCAGAAAAUAUUUUUCAUAUCUAGGAGCAAUUAAUUAGACAUUUAUACAAAAUUAGGUCAUGAUAUAACAGUUUUUUAGAAUGAAGCGUCCAUCUUUGAUGUGUCAGACAAUAUGUGCAUUUUUUUACGAUGAAUCUAGUCUACUAUGAUAUUUCUCGACUCCUGUUUAUAUUUCAAGUCGCAUGUACAAAUGUAUGGCAGGUUGUACUGCGGCCAUGUUAACAAAGCCUAAGAUAUAGAAUCAGUUCAUGAAGCAAAGUAAGAGCGAUAUAUUGAAGCGUAUGUAAAUCUCAGUACGAUUAUUAAAAGAAAUAAAUGCGUUUUAAUCUGUAUCAU